CUAAAUUCAUAAAUUCUAGUUUGCAGUUUAGAUUCUUCGCCAUCAAUCAAUCGAAAUCAUGUUCUGCUGGACUGAAGAUUGUGAAGAAGGCGAAAGCCGAAUCGUUCAGAAAAAUAAUACAAACAAUUUAACAUCCGAAUCAUUGCUGACAUAAUGGCACUAGAGUUUUUAUUUGGUCGUCGUAAAACUUCAGAAGAGAUGCUUCGACAAAAUCAAAGAGCUUUAAAUAAAGCUAUGAGAGAUCUAGAUAGAGAGAGAGCAAAAAUGGAACAGCAAGAAAAGAAGUUGAUUAUAGAUAUUAAAAAGAUGGCAAAGGAUAAUCAGAUGGAUGCAGUGAAAAUCAUGGCUAAAGACCUGGUCAGAACUAGACGCUAUGUUAAAAAGUUUAUGUUGAUGAGAGCAAACAUUCAAGCUAUUUCACUGAAAAUUCAGACAUUACGAUCACAGAAUUCUAUGGCUCAGGCAAUGAAAGGAGUUACAAAAGCUCUAAAAAAUAUGAAUAAACAGCUAAACUUACCACAAAUUCAGAAGAUUAUGCAGGAGUUUGAGAAACAAUCUGAGAUUAUGGACAUGAAAGAAGAAAUGAUGAAUGAUGCUAUUGAUGAUGUUAUGGAAGAUGAAGAAGAUGAGGAGGAAAGUGAGGCUCUGGUGUCCCAAGUACUAGAUGAAUUAGGUUUACAGCUAUCAGAGAAGUUGACAGGUCUUCCAAGUGAAGGAGGUUCACUUAGUGCUGAUUCUCAGAAGAACAAGCCUGCUGUAGCAUUAACAGGGGCUGAUGCAGAUCUGGAAGCUCGUUUGGAAAACCUGCGAAAAGAUUGAAGAAAGUUAAUCAAACAGAGUAACUGUAAAGAAUGUCAAAAACUGGGUGAAAUCAUUUGGGUGUUACAACAGAUGGCAGUGUGUUCUGGACCUCUAACUGAGAAUUAUUGCUGCAGCCAUUUUUGUCAACAGGUGUUUGCUCAGAAUUGUUUUGAGUAAGUUUUAGUUUAUGAUUUAGUAACUUAUGUGUAAGUGUUUCUGUGGAGCUAAUUAACAUUUAGAUAUUUUCAUUGGAGAUUUGUUGCAUUUCAAAUGCACUUACUCAUCAAGAAGAUGGGAAACAAAUUAGUGUAUGUUAUUUAUAGGAAAGAAAUCUUUGCCAGGGGUUAUUUUUUGAUUAUCAGCAUGAGAAGUAAGUUUAUGAGUUCCUUUUUCAUUGCUUUGGUAUUAGUUGUUAGUAUGAAGUUUGUGAUUUAUCUUCACCAGAUGUCAUUGCAUGAUAUUUGUAUUUUUCCAGUAACUGUAUUUGUCCCAAGUGUUUAAGUACUUUAUCUUGUGCAUUUAUCCUUUAUGCUGGUCAUUAUUGUGUUGUGGAAUGGAACAAGUGAUCCUUGCUGAGAUGAUGUAAGAUGAAUUUUAAAGUGUAGGGACUAAAUGUAAAAUUAAACUGUAAUAUUAAGAUGAGAUUAGUUUUAAUAAUAAUAAUAUAAUAACGUUUGCCAGUUAACUGAUUACACAGCAAGUGCCCUGACAAAGGAUGCCACAAAAGCUGAUUUCCUUCAAUUUCAAUUCUUUUAUCUAUCCUUGUCAAUGGAAUAUUAAAGUAAUUUAUUGGAUGACAUUUGUUUGGUCUUUACCAAGCCUUGCCAGAAGAGUAAGACCAAAAUUACAGACAAUAGUUAGUUGACUCAAUAAGAUAACAAAGAUGGGGAAAAAGAUAAAGCUAAUGUGGUUUUGGGUAGAGUUUUUUAAUGAGAAAUGUUGCUCAUUCUACUAUUUCAUUGCAACCAUCUUCAGCUCUCUAUAUUUGAAUUGUGUCAACAAUACAUAAAAAAUACGAAUCUUCCAGAUAAAUAUUUAAUCUUUACAAGUGAAUUGUAAUUUAAGCUUUAUUAUUGUGGUUAUUUGUGUAUAAUUUUGACUGUAGUAAUAAUUAGUAAAUAAGAGAUUUCCUGUCAUAUUUACUACACUGAUACAUGACAGGGAGCAUCACAAUAUUUCUCCUUUGAUUGCUUCUUCUAAAGUUUGUACAAAAGAUGUGGCAGAGUAUUCUAGUAAAAGAAGAGUCCAAUAAAACAAGCAGUAGACCUCUUGCACCAAUGAAUUGAGUAAAACGUUUAAAAAUGAAGGUUUGACUUCAUCUUUAAGAUAGCUCAAACUAAAAAUUGUAAUAUUCUAAUAAGAUUUUUUUACUACUUAGAUAUUUUUAUUUUUGCCAUUAUAUGAAUACAAAACAUCUUUAGUCAGUUAACUAAUGGAUUUCAAAACUUCUAUUCAUAUGCAAACAAAAUUUGUAAAAAUCAAACUGGGUGGGUCUCCUUGAAUUCAUUAACAUAAAAAGGUUCAUGCAUGGGCAUAGGCAGGUAACCUUUAAAUUAUUUGUUUUCUAUAUUGUAAAAACUCUCAAUUGUAAUCUAGUGUUUAUUCCUAUAUUCCUAUUUUUGUUCAAAAGAAAGUACAAUGUUGGAAUAUCUCUUCAAAUGUGUGAAUGAUAGAUGAUAUUUUAUAUGUGAACAUUAUAUAGCACUUUGAUCAACAAGCUAGAAAUGUUACAGAAAAAAAAAUAUAUAUAUAUAUAAUUUUCUUUUGUUCAAAAUGUUCCUCUGUUGUUAACUAAUUUGUGAAUACUUUGUAGUCAUGAAUAAUAGUACUCAAUCAUUUAAAUAGUGUUUUCUAUUUCAAUGAGAGAUUGUCAAGUGAAGCAAAAGUAUAUUAUAGUUUCUUUGCUUCUGUGCCUUACCAGGAAAGAAAACUCUUCCAUUUUGAACAUUGUCAUUUUCCUGGUCUGUAUAGUUAUGAAAUAUUAUUCUACGUUUCCCAACUGGCAAGCUGUUUGAGGUGUUAAUACUUGAACUGUCUGUAUUUUAUUAUUGAAAUACCUAUAUUGUUUAUUAAACUGGUUAUAUGUUAACAUCAAUUCUUGUUUCAGAACUUUAAAACCAUAUUGUGAUAUUUUUGGGAAAUUCAUAAGGUAUUCUUUUCAUUUUAUGAACUUGGCUAUUUAACUUUCUUGUAAAUUAACACAAAAUCUUUUGUAAUUUCAUGUGACACUCAUUUUUCAGUUGGAAAUAAAAGAAAUUACAAUUCUGUGUACUAGGUAUUUUUAAUGUAUAAGAUUCAAAACAAUAUAAUAUCAUUAA